CGCCCUGAGAACGCAGCGCCAACUCUCCUGCACGUCGCGGGUAGGAGGUAGGUUCCACGCGUGCGUAGUACUCGCCUUAAGCCAGUAAUUUCGCAUGCGUGAGGCCAGCGGUGUGCGCCUGCGCGAUUCCUGGGGGCGCCUUGGCGGAACUCUAGUGCGCCUGCGCGAGUGUUUAUUUCCUCCGUGACGGUACCUACAGGUAGUGGACCAAGCCUGCCUUUGUCACAGGCCUGGAGCUAGGUUGCUGUAAACCGAAUGUGGGCCGUGACAAAUGAAGCCCCAGGCGGGGAAGGGGUGUGCGCCCUCGGGUGGAGCGUCGGCUUGGGGUACCUGAAGGACAGGGAUUUGUAAGUAAUAGGAGUUAACUCUGAGCAUCGGUGUCGCGUUAUGCCCCUCGUGUUAGGAUCCAGCAAAGCACCGUCGUCACGACCCGGCCGGCAGAGGGCCCCAUGGCCGAGGGCGACCGGGAGCCCCUGGCGGGAGCCGGCACCCUCCGGGAGGCACUCAGGGCGCUCCUGCCCCCCACUAAAGAGGAGCUGACGCUGCAGCUCGGGGAGAGGGUGGAGCGCAGCGUGGUGCGGCUGCUGCGGGAAGCGGUCGAGCUGUUCUGCGGCGGCCGUGGGGGCGAGUGUCUGCAGGCCAGCGAGGCCAUCCUGGACUACUCCUGGGAGAAACUCAACACCGGCCCGUGGCGCGAGGUGCACAGAGACUGGCGCCGCGUGUACGCCUUCGGCUGCCUCCUGAAGGCCGUGUGUCUGUGCGAGGAGCCCGGGGACGCCGGCGCCGUGGCCGCAGCCCUGAGAGUCUGCGACAUGGGCCUGCUGAUGGGGGCGGCCAUCCUCGGGGACAUCCUCACUAAAGUCGCGGCCGUCCUGCAGGCGCACCUCCCCUCGGGAAGGAGGCCCGCCCCGGGCCCGGCCCAGGAGCAGCCCCACGAGAAGAAAGCGAGGCACGACCGUGUUUGGAUUCCAGACAUGAGGUCCGAGAGAACGGUGCCCCGGCUCCGCUGCCCAUCCCUCCAGCACUUCCGGAAGCAUUUUCUGGUUCCGGGGAGGCCUGUGAUCCUGGAAGGCGUGGCCGACCAGUGGCCGUGCACGAAGAAGUGGAGCUUGGAGUACAUCCAGGACGUCGCCGGCUGCCGGACUGUCCCGGUGGAGGUUGGUUCCAGGUACACUGACGAGGAGUGGUCCCAGACGCUCAUGACGGUCAAUGAGUUCAUCAGCAAGUACAUCAGAGAUGAGCCGAGGGACGUCGGGUACCUGGCUCAGCACCAGCUCUUUGACCAGAUCCCGGAGCUGAAGCGGGACAUCAGCAUCCCCGACUACUGUUGCCUGGGCGACGGGGACGAAGAAGAGAUCACCAUUAACGCCUGGUUUGGUCCCCAAGGAACCGUCUCUCCUCUCCAUCAGGACCCUCAGCAGAACUUCCUGGUCCAGGUGACGGGGAGGAAGUACAUCCGGCUGUAUUCGCCGCAGGAGUCAGAGGCUUUAUAUCCACACGACACACACCUUCUUCACAACACGAGCCAGGUUGACGUGGAGAACCCCGACUUGGAGAAGUUCCCCAAGUUUGCCGAGGCCCCGUUCCUGUCCUGCAUCCUGUCUCCCGGAGAGAUCCUGUUCAUCCCGGUUAAAUACUGGCAUUACGUGCGGGCUCUGGACUUGAGCUUCUCCGUCAGCUUCUGGUGGUCGUAGCCAGGGCGGAAGGGUCUGAGACGCCAACGGCAGUCACGGAUUCACGCGUUCCCUGCCCCACGCCCGGCCUGGGGCUGGGUCCCGGCAUCUAGAGAGAAGCCAGACCCGCCUGUGCCAAAGCCCUCGCCGGGCGCCGGGCUGCGUGCCAGGCGGACGCGGGGCCCGGCAAGGCGCACGUUCCGGCCAGGGAUGCGCGGCAGAGGCCGGCGGGCGGGACCCCAGAAGGACGCUCUGCGUGGAGACCGUGGGCCUCCUGCCGCCGGAUGCGGGUGGGACGCGGGCAGGCAGUGUGGGCAGCGGUACAGGGUGGCUCUGAGGUCGCCUGCCUGGAUUCCAACCCAGCCCCGUGGCUUAACCGCGGCGUCAGAUUUGGGGCGGAAACCUCGUGGGUGGGUCUCCAUCUGGGAAACGGCAGCCCGAGCCCCCACCACAGAGAAUUCCAGGGACGGUGCUGGCGCAGGGCCCCUGCGGGUCCGUGAACGCUCGCUGCUAAUAAUCAUUAGGGUUGCCACCUACUUGUUCGUCGUGGCUACGCCACGGCCCGCGGACUGGAGAGGCGGUGCAGGUCACAGGGGAGGGUCCUCAUCGGCUGGCUCAGCUCAGACGGGUUUCGGUUGUCGUCACGGAGGCCUGACCUGCCUGCAGGGAGGUGCCUGCCUCUCCUAGCCUGCCGAAUUUUCAACGCGCACCCUCCCGGUAGCCAGUUCCCCAGUCGAGAAACAGCCAUCCGCGGCCCCCGGCGGCCCCCCUCCUGCCCCUCGGUCUCAUUCGUUCCUGUCCCGCAGAGAGCCUUCCGCCCGGGGGGCCAGCUCCGCGUCCCUGCAGCGCCGGGGCCCUCAGGCUCAGAGGCCCCAGGGAAGAUUCGGGCGGGCCCGGGACCCACGAGUUCCUGGAGCCGGAGCCUGGCCGCCCGGGUUGGGGCUGACACACACCGCAGGUGACCGAGAGGGACAGGGAAGCGUCGGUGGGCAGCCGGAACGCUAGCCGCUCGCGUCCUCUGCCACCAGGCCAGGGCAUCGGAGCUUCAUCACGUAGGUCCGGGGGCUCGAGUCGAGUGGGACCCCGUCAGAAUAUGCACGGAGCGGGGGAGGCGUUGGCGGGCAGGGGGUCGGGCACACGCUGACUCCUGCAGGAGGGGGUGUGCGGUCGGGGUGCAGCACUGGGCACGGAGGGCAGAGGCGAAGACGAGCUAUUUAGGAUGGGAAAUCGAGGGCUCUGUGGGGACUGCUUGCUCCCCUGUCUGGCGUCAUUAACAGUUAUGUGCCAAAUUCUGCAGAUGAAUUAAUACCAAAUGGCAAAGGUAUCGAGGCAUAAAC